AUGAAAAAGAAACUCGAAAGUGAUAUUAACGAGCUUGAGAUUGCAUUAGAUCAUGCCAACAAAGCCAAUGCAGAGGCCCAGAAGAACAUCAAGAAAUACCAAGUUCAACUCAAAGAGCUGCAACAAGCAUUGGAAGAAGAACAAAGAGCACGUGAUGAAGUUCGUGAGCAGUAUGCCAUGUCUGAAAGGAGAUGCAACGCCAUGCAUGGAGAACUUGAAGAGAGCAGGCAGCUUUUGGAACAGGCUGACCGCGCUCGCCGUGCUGCCGAUAGUGAACUUGCAGAGUUGCACGAGAAUGUCAACGAGUUGUCUGCCCAGAACUCUUCUCUUUCCAUGGCUAAGAGGAAGUUGGAAGGUGAGAUGCAAGCCCUGCACGCUGAUCUUGAUGAAAUGUUGAAUGAAGCCAAAUCCUCAGAGGAGAAGGCUAAAAAGGCUAUGGUUGAUGCUGCUCGUCUUGCUGAUGAACUCAGAGCCGAACAAGAGCAUGCUCAACAGCAAGAGAAGAUGCGAAAGGCUAUGGAAGCCCAGAUCAAGGAACUCCAGGUCAGGUUAGAUGAAGCUGAAGCAGCUGCAUUGAAGGGAGGCAAAAAGAUUAUCCAGAAGCUCGAACAGAAGGUUCGAGAACUCGAAACAGAGUUGGACAAUGAACAACGUCGUCAUUCUGAGGCAGCCAAGAAUGUCAGGAAAUCUGAGCGUCGUGUGAAGGAACUGCAAUUCCAGGCCGAUGAGGACCGCAAGAACCAUGAACGCAUGCAGGACCUCGUCGACAAACUCCAGCAGAAGAUCAAGACAUAUAAGAGGCAGAUUGAGGAGGCCGAAGAGAUUGCUGCCUUGAACUUAGCUAAAUUCCGC